UCUUGUCAGCCUCACUGCUGCGCUUCUCGCAUGCGGACCAGCACAAACGGAGUUAAGGAACAGUUUAAAAUAACGCAAAGAAGAGGGGAAAACGCAAGAGAUGCCAUCAAAAGGAAUAUCUAACAGAGUUUAAAGGCUGAAGGCAGUGCUGUGGAUCUCCAUGAGUAACCCAACAAACCUCCCUGCCUCCACUUCAUGCCUCUGUCCAGUCUUUGACACCCUCUUUUCACCCUCUCUCUCCCCUCCUGACCGCCACACCUCUUCAAUCCUGCGUUAAACGAUGUCGUCCGCCGUCCGCGCUCUACUCCUGGUGCUGCUCGGUGCUGGGGUCCUGCUCUCCAGCGGAGACUCUCCCCGUAGAGAAAUUAAGAUCGAUGGAGACCUGGUGCUGGGAGGCCUGUUCCCCGUCCACGAGAAAGGUCUGGGCAUGGACGAGUGCGGCCGCAUCAAUGAAGGCCGAGGUAUCCAGCGUCUUGAGGCAAUGCUCUUCGCCAUUGAUCAGAUCAACCAGGACGUAGGUCUGCUACCGGGUGUGGUGUUGGGCGUCCACAUCCUGGACACGUGCUCGAGAGACACCUACGCUCUGGAACAAGCACUGGAGUUCGUCAGAGCAUCCCUUACAAAAGUGGACGAUGCAGAGUUUAUCUGCCCCGAUGGGUCCUAUGCUCUUCAGGAAGACAGUCCGCUAGCGAUAGCUGGUGUUAUCGGAGGAUCGUUUAGCAGUGUAUCCAUCCAGGUCGCCAAUCUGCUACGGCUAUUCCAGAUUCCUCAGAUCAGCUACGCCAGUACCAGCGCCAAACUCAGCGACAAAUCCCGCUAUGACUACUUUGCGCGCACAGUUCCGCCAGACUUCUACCAGGCCAAGGCCAUGGCCGAGAUACUACGUGCCUUCAACUGGACCUACGUCUCGACUGUUGCCUCAGAAGGCGACUACGGGGAAACCGGCAUCGAAGCUUUUGAGCAACAAGCACGUUUGAGGAACAUCUGCAUAGCGACUUCCGAAAAAGUGGGACGAUCGAGUGCAAAACGCUCCUCGUAUGAGGUGGUGGUCCGCCAGCUCCUUCAAAAACCCACGGCCCGCGUGGCAGUGCUGUUUCUACGAAGUGACGAUGCACGAGAGCUCAUAGCGGCUGCCGCACGCCUCAACGCGUCUUUUCUCUGGGUGGCUAGCGACGGCUGGGGAGCGCAAGAAAGCAUCGUUAAAGGGAACGAGUUUACGGCAGACGGGGCGAUUACGCUAGAGCUAGCCGCUCACCCUAUACCCGUGUUCAACCGCUACUUCCAGAGCCUCACGCCGCUCAACAACCACCGCAACCCCUGGUUCAAAGACUUUUGGGAGCAAAAGUUUCAGUGCUCGCUCGGCGGGGCUUCGUCGGCUGGGGCGGGGACGCCAAAGCCGCACUGUGACCCAGGAUUGGCGGUAGACGAGUCGAACUUUGAGCCAGAAUCUAAGAUCAUGUUUGUCAUAAACGCAGUGUACGCCAUAGCACAUGCCUUGCAUCGUAUGCAGCGAACUCUGUGCGCGAACACCACGCAAUUGUGCGACGCCAUGCGCAGCCUUGACGGCAGGAAACUCUACCGGGACUUUCUUCUUCACGUCAACUUCAGAGCUCCAUUCUCCCCUCCUGGCUCGGAGAAUCAAGUGAAGUUUGAUGCACACGGCGACGGAAUUGGGCGUUACAACAUCUUCAACUACCAACGCGUGCCAGACAGCGACAAAUACACCUAUAUCCAGGUGGGAGAGUGGGCGGAGAGUCUUUCCCUAAACGAGCCCUUGAUUGGCUGGCCGAAGGGCGGAGCAGUACCCACCUCUCAAUGCAGCGAUCCGUGCGCUCCAAACGAGAUGAAGAAGAUGCAAGCGGGAGAGUACUGCUGCUGGAUUUGCACUCCGUGUGAACCCUACGAAUACCUGCCAGAUGAGUUCACCUGCACGCCCUGCGCACCUGGCCAGUGGCCCCGCCCUGACCUGACUGGGUGCUACGACCUGCCAGAGGACUACAUCAUGUGGGAGGACGCCUGGGCCAUUGGGCCCAUCUCGAUUGCAUGCGUUGGCUUCAUCUCCACCUUAAUGGUCUUCGUCGUUUUCAUUCGGCACAACGACACGCCGCUCGUCAAAGCAUCUGGUCGCGAGCUAUGCUACAUCCUGCUUCUGGGCGUCUUUAUGUCCUACGUCAUGACUUUCAUAUUCAUUGCGAAACCAUCGCCUAUCGUGUGCACGCUACGGAGGCUAGGCCUUGGUACCUCGUUUGCAGUGUGCUACUCAGCCUUGCUCACGAAGACCAAUCGCAUCGCACGAAUAUUUAGCGGUGUGAAAGAGGGCGGGGCUAAGCGGCCACGCUUUAUCAGUCCCAGCUCGCAGGUGUUCAUCUGUCUAGCACUGAUCUCUGUGCAGUUGUUGCUAGUGUCCAUCUGGUUACUGCUGGAGGUGCCCGGCACGCGACGUUUCACCACGCCGGAGAAACGGCAGACUGUCAUUUUGAAAUGUAAUGUACGGGACUCUAGCAUGCUGCUGUCGCUGAGCUAUGACGUGGUUUUGGUAGUGCUAUGCACGGUCUACGCCUUUAAGACCCGCAAGUGUCCCGAGAACUUCAACGAGGCUAAGUUCAUUGGCUUCACCAUGUAUACCACCUGCAUCAUCUGGCUGGCCUUUCUGCCCAUCUUCUACGUUACUUCCAGUGACUACAGGGUCCAGACCACGACCAUGUGUAUAUCUGUGAGUCUGAGUGGAUUUGUGGUGCUGGGCUGCAUGUUUGCCCCGAAAGUCCACAUCAUCAUGUUCCAGCCACAGAAGAACGUCGCCAGUCAUCGGCUGAACCUGAACCGGUUCAGUGUGAGCGGGCCGGCCACUAGCUACGCUUCCCAGGCUUCUGUCAGCGCUCACUACGUUCCAACGGUUUGCAACGGCAGAGAGAUUGUCGACUCCACUACUUCCUCUCUGUGACCCCGCCCCUCCUUCAAACUCCUGCUCCUUAGCGACUGUUAGCCAAUCAGCACACAUUGUGCUCCGCCCAAGAACUAGGUCUGCCUAAAGUGUGUAGAAAAUGUGUAUUAUUAUUAUUAUUAUUAAAUUAUUUGUAGGGCUCGUUGUAAAUAUUAACUGACAUUGUUGUAGAGAAACAAAAGAACAAAAAACAUCUUUUUAGAGAGAUUUUGGAAACUUUUGUUUUGAUAGCUUUAUUAUGUAUGUUGUAAACGGCCAUGAUGUGUUGAUAUAAAAGUCAAAGCAGUUUUUGAUGACUGACAGAUGGGCUCUGCCUGCAAUACUGGACACAAUUUUUUGGUCAUUGUCUUUUGUAGGCCUCAUUGUAAUAACAUAUACUGGAUGUAUUUCUAUGUUGUAUAUUUUGUACAGAAUCUUAACCGAUGGUUUUAACAGCACAAGUGGACAGUAUUAGUGUUUAUGCUGGUCAAGAGCAGAAAAAACCAUCGCGCCUCAAAUUUCACGUCAUCUCGUCACAGGCAGAGGUUACAACAUCACUGUAGUAAACAGUCUUAACACCUGAAAGCAGUUUACAUUAAUUGCAUCUCUUAAAGCAUCAUGUUCGGAUGGCUGUGCACAGGUUUGCAGUGCUAUGCGGCUUUAUACAUGUACAUUGCCUGUGACGAGAAGUCUUCGAAAGACUAGGAAAUUGAGCAAGUGAGGUAUGGUGGAUCUGAAAAAUGAUAUUUUAACAUUGACAUAUACCUCUUUUCACUGACACGGUGCUGCAGGCCAAUAUGGAACCAUUUAGUGCAUUUCAUCCAAUCAUCAAAUAUAGUUUUCAAAAUAGCAACAACUCAAAACACAAAAUGAAACUAGAUGAUACAAAACUACUGUAGAUUGCUCACAUUCUAAUUAACGAAUCUGUCUACACUUUAAGUGCCCGACACAAUGCAACUAAAGAUGCACCAAUCUGAUAUCUGGUUCGGUAUCGGCUCCGAUACUGAUGUUUUUAGAUGUCUCUUGAUGCCAUACAAUAGCUUUGCAAAUUGCAAAAGGCAUUUCACCACCAUUUUGAAUGAGAAGCACAUAAAAACUACUGUGAACUUCACACAGAAAUUCAGAAGGUCUUCCUGGAGUAUUACGCAAAAAUAAAAUGUAUUAAUAAAAAUAAAACAAUUGUAAAAACAUUUAUUAAAAAGCUAAUUUUAAA